UUGUUUGAAAUUUUAAAAAUAUAUAUCAAGACGUAAACAGUGAGAAUUCAUUGUUCAAUUGCUGACGUUAUUAUACCAUAAAGUCUAUUUUGUUGAAUCAAUGUAUCAUUGCUUAUCUACCACCAAUUUCAUUGGCAAACAGAGGGCCAAUGAGUCCAAAUUGGAGAAGCCAUUAGUCAAACACGAAUUCAUCAACUCUGACCUUUCCACCCUUGCACAAACAAACAUAUCCAAGAAACCAAAUUGUGUACCAAUCUUUUAUAAUGGCGAAACCAAGAGAGAAGAACUUCAACAUCUUCUUCAAAUGAUGGUUCGCAAUCUGUUUUUUGCAUUCUCUUACAUACUCACAUCCCUAACCUUACUCACCUCGUCUGCAACAAACACCUUAACACCAACCCAAAACCUCACAGACAAUCAAACCUUAAUUUCCUUCAACAAAAUCUUUGAACUCGGCUUCUUCAGUCCAGGCAAUUCAAGCCACCGUUACUUGGCCAUAUCGUACCACAACCUCCCUCGCACGGUGGUUUGGGUGGCCAACAAAGCCAACCCAAUUUCAGACUCAUCUGGGGUAUUAACUCUGACCAUAAAUGGUAGUCUGGUUCUUUACAAUGAGUCUAGAGACAUAGUCUGGUUCACCAAUAUAAAUGUCACAUCAAAAAAACCCAUAUUGGAAUUGUUGGAUUCUGGCAAUCUUGUGGUCAGAGAUGAAGACAAUUCUGGUGUGGGUUCUGUUUGGGAGAGCUUCGAUCACAUUUCUGAUACCUUAUUGCCAGGUAUGAAACUGGGUUGGAAUUUGAAAUUGGGUUUGAACAGGGUUUUGAGGUCUUGGAAGACUGAUAUUGAUCCAUCAGAUGGUGAGUUCACAUUCAGCUUAGACCCUCCUGAGGCACCCAGGUUGGUUCUGAGAAGGGGGUCUGAGCUGCAAUACAGAUGGGGUCCAUGGGAUGGUGUUAGAUUUAGUGGCAGCCCUGAAUUGAGGCCCAAUGCUGUGUUCACGCCCCUUUUCACUUCCAAUUCUGAAGAGGUUUAUUACAAAUUUGAAUUGACAAACAGUUCCGUUUUAUCUAGGUUUCAGGUGACACCAUUGGGUUUGAUUCAGUAUUUCACAUGGAGUGGUGAUAAUAAUCAAUGGUCUAUGAUGGUUACUCUUAAUAGAGACUAUUGUGAUAGGUAUGGGAUGUGUGGGCCUUAUGGGAAUUGCUAUGCUGCGGAUCCAAAUUGCAGGUGUUUGAAGGGGUUCACACCGAAAUCGCCUCAGGCGUGGAGUCAGGUUGUUUGGACUGAUGGUUGUGUGAGGCGGCAUGAGUUGAAUUGCGGCAAUGGAGAUGGGUUCGUGAAGUAUACCGGAUUGAAGUUGCCGGAUAAUAUCACUGUGUGGGGGGAAUAUAACCAAGAGGAAUGCAGGGUGGAGUGUUUAAAGACGUGUGGUUGUAUGGCUUAUACCAACAUUGAUGUUCAUGGAAAUGGGAGUUCAUGUGGGGUGUGGUUGAACCAAUUGAUUGAUAUGCGAGAAUUUGGCGAUGAAGGAGAGGAGAUUUACAUGCGAAUGGCACGCGCAGAACUAGAAUCAAUUGCUGCAGCUAAGAGGAGAAGGAAAGUGGUGACGAUCAGCGUUGUCUUGGUAUCAACAGUUUCUGGAAUCAUUCUAUCUGGUGUUGUUGGCUGGUACAUAUGUCGAUUGAAAAAAGCAAGAAAGAAAGUGAAACAGGAAAACAAUCCCUACAACGAUUAUACAGAAGAAAGUCAGGAGGAUGACCUUGAAUUACCUCUUUUUGACAUAAGUACCAUUCUUGUUGCUACUGACAAAUUCUCUUUCAAAAAUAAGAUUGGAGAAGGUGGUUUUGGCCCUGUUUACAAGGGUGAAUUGCCUAAUGGACAAGAAAUUGCAAUAAAGAGACUCUCACAAAGUUCCGGGCAAGGCCUCAAAGAAUUUAAAAAUGAGGUUAUCUUGAUUGCGAAACUUCAACACCGGAACCUCGUUAAGCUCUUGGGAUGCUGCAUUCAGGGAGAAGAAAGGAUACUAAUCUAUGAAUACAUGUCUAAUAAAAGCUUGAACUACUUCAUAUUUGAUAAAAAUGGAAGAAGACUAUUACCUUGGAAGAAACGCUUCAACAUUAUUCUGGGAAUUGCCCGGGGAUUACUUUAUCUUCAUCAAGACUCGAGGUUGAGAAUCAUCCAUAGGGAUCUCAAAGCUAGUAACAUCUUACUAGACAAGGAGAUGGAUCCCAAAAUUUCUGACUUUGGCAUAGCAAGAAUUUUUGGAGGAGAGCAGACGGAGGAAAAAACCAUGAGAGUAAUCGGAACAUAUGGUUACAUGUCUCCAGAAUAUGCAAUGAGUGGUCACUUCUCUGUAAAAUCAGAUGCAUUCAGCUUUGGCGUGUUAGUGUUAGAGAUUAUAAGUGGCCAGAAGAAUUGGGGAUUUUAUCACCCUGACCAUGACCAAAACCUUAUAGGACAUGCAUGGAAACUAUGGAAUGAAGAAAAACCCAUGGAAUUAAUGGAUCCUGUGUUGCAGGAGUCAUUUUCAGUAAACGAAGUGGUAAGAUGUAUCCAAGUGGGGCUUUUGUGUGUGCAGCAUCGCGCGGAAGACAGGCCAACGAUGUCUUCUGUGGUGUUUAUGUUAAGCAAUGAAAAUGCAGUGCUGCCCCAACCGAAAGAACCGGGAUUUUCUGUAGAAAAUUCUUCUUUAAAUAUUGAUUCAUCAACGAGUGGGCAAGAUCCUAGUACUGCCAAUGAGAUUACUAUUACAGCCUUCGAUGGACGAUAGGAGAGAAUCAAUGUAGUGAAUUAUACUCUGUAUAUUGUACAAGGGUGUGAGAAUAAUUUUUUUUGUGUGACGGCUGCAAUUUUCUGCAAAUAGUUCUAAGUAGUCUGGUUCUUCAAUCACCCAUCAACUGAGGGACUAACAUUAGAUAAUAUGUACUGGUUUGUAUAGCUUGUUUUCAUUUUUAAUAGAACAUUCAGUUAAAUGUGUA